AUGGAAAAAGCUGCAGAGGAACACCUCCCCCCGCACGCGCUGGUGAGAAGUCUUGCGAUUCCCGCGCCGCCCUCCGGAAGCAUCUGUCCACGGCGCGCGGCGCAAGUCACGCCCGGGGACUGUUUGGUCGCGUCCAACCGCAGCGCCCCCACAAAAAACGCCCAUGCGACGACCGUGAAGCGGGCGCGGCGGGGCCGAUGCCAAAGGUUCCUCGGCGCGAUGUGUGCACAGAGUGCCCGCGCCGCCCCCCAACCCCUCGCCACCGGGCGCCCACGUUGGCAGAGUUCGCUGCAAGGGCAGGGCGAGGCAAGUAAACCACGCCGUGGUUCGGAAACAGCUUGUGUGCGAGGAGACGCCGGAACGCUGCUCUCCCGUGCGGCCCGACAACCCAAAUUCGUCCUGGAGGGGUCAGGGGCACCCGGGCUCGACAGUUCAGCAAUCGACCGGCCCGGUUCCUCUGUGGUCAGUUCAAUCUCCCAGGCCCUGAACCGUUUCCCGUCCGUAGCAACAAUACUUGUGUGGACGGCGUCGCUCGUCUGUUGA